UUCUUCUUUUGAUAUUUUUUGGAGCACACAGUAUUAUUCACUUACAGCCCCUACACUUAACUCUAUCUACAUAUGCAGCUGGGAGAGCGGAGAAGCUCCGGUACCUGAGAGUAAUAUUACUUUCUUUUGACUCAGCAACAUCAGCUCCAGAAGAUUAAAAACAUGGAGAACGUGACUUCAGACUAUGAUUACAUCAUGUUAGAUUACCCAGAUGAAGGACUCUGCAAUUUCGACCCCAACCCCACGGAGAUCGUCGUCCAGACUUACGUUCACUCCAUCAUCUGUGCCUUCGGCCUGAUUGGCAACGCUCUCGUAAUCGUGACCUACAUAUUCUACAAGAGAACCAAGACGAUGACGGACGUCUACCUCUUCCACGUGGCUGUGGCAGACCUGAUCUUUGUGGUGGCCUUGCCGUUCAUCAUAUACAAUGAGCAGCAUAAUUGGUUAAUGGGUCCCGUGGCUUGCAAGAUCCUGAGGUCAGCCUACAGUAUCAACCUCUACAGUGGCAUGCUCCUGCUGGCGUGCAUUAGCGGUGAUCGUUACAUUGCUAUAGUUCAGGCGAGAAGAUCCUUCGGUGCUCGCUCGCGCGCUCUGAUCUACAGCCGCCUCAUCUGCUCUGCUGUUUGGGUGUUUGCAGUGGCUUUAACUCUGCCCACGCUCAUCUACACUGAGCGCUUUGAAGAGCAGAGUCUGGGGGCUGACACUGUCACCAUGAUGUGUCAGCUGUCUUUCAACAAGAAUGAAACAGCAAAGCUGAUGAAGGUGCUGGUUCCCAGCCUUCAAAUGGCCAUUGGCUUUCUGCUGCCUCUGUUGGUGAUGGUGUUCAGCUAUUCCAGCAUCAUGUGCACCUUGCUGACAGCACAGAGCAGCCAGAGGCACAAGGCUGUGCGUGUGGUUUUGGCAGUUGUUGUGGUUUUCAUCGUGUGCCACCUUCCCUACAAUGUGGCUCUGCUGAUACACACCCUGUCGCUCUUUAAGGAGAGGAAAUGUGAGGCAGAGAAGAUUAAACUCCAAGUUCUGGCCAUUUCCAGGGGCGUAGCCUACCUCCACUGCUGUCUAAACCCCAUCCUCUAUGCCUUCAUCGGGGUGAAGUUCAGGAGCCACUUCCGGCAAAUAAUGUUGGACUUAUGGUGCUUUAGCAGAAAGUACAUCUACUCUGCUCGCUCCUCACGUGGAACUUCAGAUUUUUGCAUCUCAGGCUUGAAGCCUUCAGAUGGCUCCAACAACAUGUCAUCAUUCAGUGCAUGAUGCUGCAGCCUUUUAAAGGAGAUAAUUAGCGAUGCUAAUGCUUCAGGAGCUCCCAUCUUCCCAAGCUGUUACUUUGCUGUAGCUGUAUGUACUGUAAGUAGAGAUAAAAACAUCUGUACAAAAUGUGCUUAGAUAAAAGAAGAUGUUUUGUAUUUGAAAUUUACUGCAUCAUGAGAAAACAUUAUUUCAAUAUACAGUACAAUAUUGUAGGACAUAGGCACAGAUUAAACAGUCAGUCACUUUCUAGCUAAAUGUAUUUUGUUUGAUGUAAAACAUCAACACAUAUGAUUAAAAGAAAAAAGAAGUAUUGCGCUUCAGUAAAGCUGAGGUGAUGCCACAGAAGAAAAAAAAAGGAAAUAUGGUCACAGUCUCUCCUUCCUAAGUUGAAGCGUUGAAUAAUGAACAGAAGUGUUUUUGCGGAACAUUAUGAUGUCACAGUGAAGUAGACCUUUGAAAUAUUUGGAUAUAAAAUGUCAUCACUUAAUUUUAUCCUUAUAGACAUUUCAGGUAAAUUUUUUCAUAAUUAGUCAAAAUCAAAGCAACAGAGGCAAAGACCUACAUUUCACAUAAUGCAACCAAAAUGCACUGUCUACCAAACACCCAUGGCUUUCAAAAGCUUCCAGUUUGUAACACAGGCUUUCUGUUAACAAUUUAUUAACCAAGCCCAAAAUGAUUUCGAUUUCGAUAUAUUCAGAUUAAAGUGACAUUUAUGUGUGCGAUCAGGAAUUCCCCAUAUAAUAUGCAGAAAAACAAAACAAUUACUUGAAAAGCUGCUCAGUUACUGUGACUGUAACAUGAUCACAUGCGCCUGUACAGCAGGAAGCGCACAGGUGUAACUAAUGACAUUAACGAUGGCUCCAUUUUAUUCAAGAGUCCCAGUAAAACAUAUCAGUGAGGCACCAUGCACAAUACCAUGGGUUCUGUAACUGAACCACCUGGUAAAGAGCCAUUAUUUAUGUUACUGGUAACACCUGUGUUUUCAUCCUAUGACAAGUCCAAAUAGGGAAAAAACUAAAUAUCAUGGAACUUAGGUCAUUAACCAUGGAAAAAGUGUCGCAGUGUAUUAUGACUCAAAAUAACACCCACACAUAAAAAACACCCACCCCACUAUCAGAUAGCAAUAUUGUUUCUCUUCAGAAAUUACAAUUCUCCAAGUAAAUUUGAAGUCCUGUAUUUUGUUUGUUUGUUUGUUUGUUUUAAAUUCAGCUAACAGUUUUUUCCCCCCUUUGUUGAGCAGGUUAUAGAUUCAAGCAAAUCCCAAUGUUAAGGUCCAUGUGUCUGCUAAUGGCAUUAUUCUCUAUGUAAUUCAGAAAUCAGUGAUUGAUCUUUAUAUUAUUGAUCCAAUUAAAUCUAUUCUUGAAUUUUGAACAAGUUUCCUCACACAAAUAUCCAACCACAGGUAUUGAUGAUGCAUUAUCCUUAAUCAAAGCUGGUUUUGUUGCUUUUAUUUAUAUCUUUAACAAUAUAACCCGAGUGACUGAUGUAUGAUUGUGACACAUUUGGUUAUUUCUCUCUUAUUCUCAUGUUACCAUAAUGAUAGCAUCCUGUUUUCUUCUGUUUUUAUGUAUAUGAUGUUGACUGAGUCUGCUUGUUUUUUAAGUGCUGUAUAAGAGGCUAAAGUCCUCACAUUUUUGAUCUUACUAUACUGUCACUUUAAUUUCUACAAAUUCUCUAGAACCAUAUAUCCCAUUGUGUUAUGCUUUUAUAAAGUUUU